AUGCGCGGCGCCGCCUUCCCCGUCGGCCUAGCGAUACUCUUCGGCGUGAUGAACGGCGUGUACAUCUUUAAGCCGAUGCUGAUCGAGGCGCGGUUGGCGCGGUUGCAGGAAGCGGGCGAGGAUGUUAAUGCCAUUGGCACCGAGAAACGGAAGGAGGAGGAGGUCAAGCUACAUAACGCAAAGGCGCGGAUCGAGGCUGCUGAGGGACGGGGGAAGGAGGAGGAGAAGAAGGCGUAG